UUCAAACAAAGUCCCACAUAACUAUCUCAAGAUCUAAAAUCCCAUUAAGCAAUCCAAUAGCCAUGAGGACAUCAAGCUUCCUGCUCAUCGUCGCUGCCGCAUUCCUCUACGCCAUCGCCUCACCCGCCACGGGUUGUGGGGAAUGGAUGGGCAACCAAUUACGGAACACAACAUUAGAGAAUGGAUUGGAACCAAUCGGAAACAUCAACGACCAACGCAUCCAGGUGCUCGGCAAUUGGGUGGUGUUGGAGUUCGGAAAGUACACAAAUUGUGUGCUCGAGUUCAACAAGGUGGUGAGUGGCAGACAACAACAUGCAUUUUUAUUGUACUACGAACUCAUCAUCGAUGCAUCGGACGUCCGCGGGGUAGACGGCAAGUACAAGGCAAGGGUGCUCGUGCAGGAGGGGAUUCACAGACCCUAUCUCCUCUCCUUUGCCAAGGUGAACUAGGUGGGUGGCAGUAACAACAGUAGUUAUAAUUGUGAUGUUGCAAAUAUGUUUGCUGGGUUUCUAAUUGAAUAAUAAAUAUUCCUGUUGCAUUGCCAUGCAUUUUGGAACA